UCUCAAGAGAUACCUCACCAGCUGGGACUCACUGAGCUCAUGCAAAUUGUUUGUUCAGCUUCCCCCUCACGCUGUAAGGCCGCAUACCUAACCAGCAGGAAUGUGAUUGUACUGCAGCUGAGGAGCCGUCAGACUUGUGGCUACAAGCACACAGUUGAUUGCAUCACAUCCGAGUGAGCUGUCUGAGUGAGUUUGAGGGUGUGUGCAUGAGGGCUUUUUUUUUCUUUUUUUUUUUCUUUUCCUCCCGUUUAACAUGUUAAGUCAGAUCAGGAAGUGUGAUGCUGUGACAGUAGAGAAGGAAGUGGGCACACAAUGGCACUAUGUCUGCGUCUUGGCCUGAUAACAUGAGAGGCCCCCGAGUAAAGACCCCUCUGCUGCUGCUGCUGCUGCUGCUGACCACACUGACUGGGACAGUGUUAUGCCAAGAUGAGGAAGAAAUUGCAGAAACUGAGUCCCCAGAAGCUGAAGCGACAGAGGAACAGCCAUCUGAAGCCCCUCCGACAUCAAUCCCUCCUUCCUCAGAUGGCAGUGAAGUCACAGUUGAUGAGAACUCAGAUGGAGAAGGCUCUGCAUACUCUGACAACCCAGGUAUAUCAGACUACAUACCAGGACAUGACUUUUCUCUGACUAAUGACAUACUUACAGACGAUACCUCUACGCCCUUCACACCACUGGAUGAGGAGGGUUUGAGUCCCAUCAUCAUCAUGAUCCCUGUGGUGCUGGUGGUGGUUAUCAUUGCCAUCAUAGUUGUCUGUAUUUUCAUCAAACGCAGGUGGAACAAAAAAGUGGAGAAUCAAGAUCUAAGAAAAGAGGAUCCGUAUUUGGAGGACGCCAGUGCAGAGAAGGUGCCAAUGCCCAUGUUUGAAGAAGACGUGCCCUCUGUUUUGGAGUUAGAGAUGGAAGAGUUGGACCAAUGGAUGAAAAAAGACGGUGAAACUGCAGGGGACUCCAAACAGGCAUAGGCCUCAGUCUACUUAUGGUUAACAAAGGACGCUCUCUCGGCAUGCAAGGACAGGCAGUCAACAAUGCAUCGUUGCCAACGCUGAAGUUCUACAAUCAUCUCACAACUUUAAAACAAUGUUAUUGACCACGCAGUCAGAAAACAUCCUUACAACUUUUAAAGGACACUUACAAAAAAUACAUAUCUCAAAGCUUUCUAAAGGCAAUCUUGUUUCAACUCUUGGCCGUCUUCAGCAGGCAGCAUUGGACUUAAAUAUGUUAAAUAGUUGUUCUGUUUUGUUAUGAUAAGGAUGUGUUGUGCUUUAUGACAAUGAUCAGUGUUGUGCCUUUCAUUUUUCAUGCUUUGCCUGUUUUUUUGUCUACUGAAAUUUCAAUGUGCAGUAUUUUCUGUCUCCAUGAAUCAGCCAGAGUGAAAAGUAUUUAGUUAUAAACCUAAAAAAAAAAACCCCACUGCUGUGACUACCAAACACUCCCUGUUCUGCAGAUUCAUGUUGUUGUAGAGUGUGUGGUCAACAGAAAGUGCAUUAGGUCAAUACCCGUCUCCACCCCUCACAGAUAUAACUGCUCAUAGUCUCUGCUGAUGGCUUCUCUUCAGCUCAAAGCCUCUUUGUUGUUUUACACUAUGUGACUCUCUCCAGCUGCAGGUUUUAAUGGGGAAAUAUCCUGUUGAGGAUUGUAGGCAUGCAUGACAGAGAAGACCGCUCCUUUUCAUUCCUGUGCAGAGCUGGUUAAGACUUACGGAGAAAGUGUUUUUAUUCAGACACUCGGAGCGUGAAAUCAGCAGUAUUAUGUUCCCGAGUCUUUAGACAAAUUAUUACCCGUUGCUGGAACAGCUUUCUAAAAGCUGCUACUGAUAAGAUCUCACUAUAGAUAAUAACUCACUGACUAAAUAGUUGAUAGCUACAGAUGCAGUUUAGAUGUUUAAUUACCGAUUCUCGCUUAAAAGUGUUGAAUCAAAGCAGUCGUGACACUGAUAUAAAUGUGAGCGCUACUUUCUGAAAGUGUCAGUCAGUAUUUUGCUGUAUGUUGCACUGUAAAUAUGAGAAUACAGUAUACCAAAAGAUGAUAUUUUCAAGAAAUGCCUUUUGUAAAUAUUUCAAAUAAGGCUGUUGUGCUGUUGUUCAGCUGAUGUUUUGAAUAAGAUUUCAAUAAAUAAAAUCUA